AUGGGCAGGACUCUUCUCCCCCAUAUCUGGCAGAUCUACUUGCCUGCCCUCAAUACCCUCGCCAGCGAUCUGAACGUCUCCAACACACUCAUCAAUUUAACGUUGACGUCCUACAUGAUCUUUCAAGGACUAGCACCAGCUUUCAUAGGCGACCUGGCAGACACCAUGGGCAGACGACCAGCAUACGCCAUCUGCUUCGUGAUCUACAUCGGCGCAAAUAUCGGCUUAGCCUUGCAGGACAGCUAUGCCGCUCUGUUCAUUCUUCGGUGCCUGCAGUCUUCCGGCAGCAGUGGCACGAUAGCCAUGACGUCUGGCGUCGUGUCUGAUAUAGCCACCGCACAGGAACGAGGCAGCUACAUGGGCCUGACCAUGCUGGGUUCUCUGCUCGGACCAGCCGUCGGACCCGUCAUUGGCGGACUGCUUUCGCAAUACCUUGGUUGGCGCUCUAUCUUCUGGUUCCUCUGUAUCAUGGGCGGGGUUUUCUUCGUGGUUUUCGCCAUCUUCUUCCCCGAAACGGCGCGAUCCCAAGUCGGCAACGGCUCAAUCCCGCCUGUGACGUACAGCAUGUCCCUGAUGAACUACCUCGCGAUCCGCAAAGCUCGACGACUGCAACGAGAGACAGAAAAAGAUAAUGAUAACGAUACCGUACAAUCACGGCCAGAAGACCUCCGUCCACGCCCCAAAGCUCACUUCCCGAAUCCACUCUCCUCUCUCGCAAUCCUCUACGACAAGCUCAACGCCUGCCUGCUAUUCUACAACGCCUUCCUCUUCAGCGCCUUCUACCAAGUCUCCUCCUCCAUCCCCUCCCAAUUCGCCCAAAUCUACCACUUCAACGACCUACACAUCGGCCUCUGCUUCCUCCCCUACGGCUGUGGCGCCAUCACCGCCGCCCUCAUCAACGGCCAAGUCCUCGACCGCAACUUUGCGCGCUGGUGCCGCAACCUCAACGUCACACCCCGCAAGAACCGCCAGAUGGACCUCGACAACUUUCCCAUCGAGAAAGCCCGCCUCCAAAUCGCCAUCCCAGCCACCUACGCCACAAUCGCACUCAUCCUGAUCUUCGGGUGGCUGAUCGACAUCUCUGCGCCCCUCGCCCCAGUGCUCGUAGUGCUGUUCUUCCAGAGCUUGACGAUGAGCAUGGCGUUCAACGUCGUGAGUACGCUGAUUGUGGACUACUAUCCCGGGAAGAGUGCGACAGCGACGGCGGCGAAUAAUUUGACGAGAUGUCUGUUGGGUGCGGGCGCCACAGCUGCGAUCGUGCCGAUGAUCAAUGCUUGGGGAAGAGGGGUGGCGUUUACGGCGUUAGUGGCAUUCUUGGUAGGGACGAGUCCGUUGAUGUGGGUGGUGUGGUUCCGGGGGAUGAGGUGGCGGCAGGAGCGAAGUAAGAGAGAGGUGGAGAGGGAGAGGGAGAAGGGUAGGAGUAGGGGUGGGACUUUGGAGGCUGGUGGUGCUAUCCCGAUCGUCGGGAGCACUCCAGAGCAGAGCAGCAGGAGUCGAGAGAAGUUAGACCUGGUUACUUCGAGGCCGCUGGUGUCCGAGGGGCGGCAGUCAACGAGUCGGAGUCAUGAUUGA